GACAUGGACAAUGAGCACACACCUCAAAUAAUAACUCAUAUAGAGCACAAUAUGAAUCAUUGUUUAUUUGAUUGUAAAUGGAUACCGUGUUCCGCAAAAUUUGUUGUCAUUGGAUCGUUGCCCAAAGGGACAGGCAUUCUAGAGAUAUUUGAAAUUACUUCCGGGGAACUGAAGAAGGUGAAAGAGAUAGAGAGGCCAGUUUCGUUCAAAUGCGGCACUUUUGGAGCUAGCAGCGACGUGGAAAGGCGCCUUGCAACCGGCGACUUUAAGGGCACUUUAGAAAUAUGGGACUUAGAGAAGAGUUGUCAAGUUUACAUUACCAAAGAGCAUACAGAUAUUAUUAAUUCAAUUGAUGGAAUGGGCGGUAACAUUGUCAAUUGUGGUGCUCCUGAAAUAGUCACAGGGAGCAGAGAUGGUACAGUAAAGGUAUGGGACCCUAGACAAAAGGGUAAACCAGUGGCCAAUAUGCAGCCAGCGCAAGGCGAGACACGGCGCGACUGCUGGACUGUGGCGUUUGGGAAUUCCUUCAAUGAUGCAGAGAGAAUAGUUGUCGCUGGCUACGAUAAUGGCGACUUGAAGAUGUUUGACCUGCGGACCAUGUCGCUCAGGUGGGAGUGCAAUUUGAAAAAUGGGGUGUGUUUCACUGAAUUCGAUCGCAAGGAUAUACCAAUGAAUAAAUUGGUAGCGACCACAUUAGAAGGCAAAUUCCAUGUAUUUGAUGUAAGAACACAAAACCCUUCCAAAGGCUUUGCUCAGGUUUUAGAUAACUCAGCAAAAAGUGGUACAAUAUGGGUGGCGCGACAUCUGCCGCAGAACAGAGAUGUGUUCAUCACAUGCGCGGGCAAUGGACAGGUGUCCCUGUGGAAAUACAAAUACCCCGAGCAAAGGUUCCAAGUGGACUCUACCGGCGUGGCGGUGGGCGUGGCCGGCAAGCUGCAGCGCCUGCAGCGGAUGGUGAUCAGCUCGCAGCCAAUCAACGCGCUGGACUGGAACCGCGACCACGCCGGCCUCGCCGUCGCCACCGCGUACGACCAAUACGUCAGAGUGCUUGUUACUACUAAGCUUAAUUUACAAUAAAUACUAUUAAAAUAA